AUGGCGCCGGUUUCGUUCCUCACCAAAAGGCUAGGGCAGGCUCUCCCACCAACACUUUUCUGGCAUCCAAAAUGCAGUGGCCUCGGGAAGAUCCCGCUCAAAUCGCCCAGUCUAUCUGCUCCCAUGCGUCGCUAUUACUCUUCAGAUAAACAAAGCAGAAACAUCAACCUCCCGCUUGACGGAAUCACAGUUGUGAGCCUCGAGCAAGCCAUUGCUGCACCAUUCUGUACUCGGCAGCUGGCCGAUCUCGGGGCCCGCGUGAUCAAGGUGGAAAGACCAGUCGUGGGCGACUUUGCGCGCAAUUACGACACGCGGGUUGAUGGCCUCGCUUCGCACUUUGUUUGGACAAAUAGGUCGAAGGAAAGCCUGGCACUUGAUGUCAAGGACCCCAAGGCCGCCAAAGUUCUACAAUCCUUGCUCAAGACGGCCGACGUCUUUGUGCAGAAUCUCGCCCCCGGGGCUACAGACAGGCUCGGUCUCUCAUUUGAGAACCUGCACAACAUCAAUCCUCGUCUCAUCGUGUGCAACAUAUCGGGGUACGGUCCCACGGGGCCGUAUAGAAAGAAGAAAGCGUAUGACCUUCUCGUCCAGAGCGAGGCGGGCGUCUUAUCUGUCACCGGAACAGACGCGGACCCUGCUAAAGUUGGUAUUUCAAUCGCAGACAUCGCAGCCGGCAUGUACGCUCAGCAGAAUGUCUUGGCUGCUCUGAUACACCGUGGAAUCACCGGCAAGGGCAAACAAAUAGACAUAUCUAUGCUCGAGAGCAUGGCAGAAUGGAUGUCUUUCCCCAUGUACUACACAUAUAAAGGAGCCGAGCCUCCGAAACGCAUGGGGGCUUCGCACGCAGCCAUCUACCCAUACGGCCCAUUUGAGACCGGCCAGGGCGGUACAGUGAUGCUUGGUUUGCAAAAUGAGCGCGAAUGGCAGAAGCUUUGCUCCGUGGCGCUGGGAGACCCCCAGCUUGCCGUUGACGAGAGGUUUUCGACCAAUUCGCUUCGGUCCGAAAAUCGCGAGGCUCUUAAGAAAAUCAUCUGCGAGAUCUUCUCCAAAUACAGUCCCGAGGAAGUUCUCGCCCUCUUGGACGAAGCAGGGAUUGCAAAUGCCAAGAUGAAUGAUAUGAAAGGGCUAUGGGAACACCCACAGUUGAGAGCAAGAGGCCGUUGGACAGAGGUUCACAGCCCAGUAGGAAAAUUACCUGCCUUGCUACCGCCCGGUGUUGCAAGUGUUGAUGAGGUUAAGAUGGAUGCGGUACCGGAAGUUGGUGAGCACAAUUCAAAAAUUAUACAAGAAUUGGGGUUCAAUGAGGAUUUUCUAGACCAAUGA